AUGGACGACAGGAUACAACUGCAAUACGGCUGCCCGGCCUAUAUCGAAGGCGUUGGCACCUCAUAUGGAUAUGUCCCAUCGCUAGGAGCAGGCAUCACUUUCUGCGCACUCUUCGGUCUCUCGAUGAUCGUCCACACAGUCCAAUUCACCUGGAAGCGACAAUGGUGGGCAAGUGUGUUCAGUGUCGGAUGUCUAGUCGAAGUAAUCGGCUGGGCCGGUCGUACUUGGUCAGCCAAAUGUCCAUACAACACCACUGCCUUCCUAAUGCAAAUAUCCACCCUCAUCAUCGCCCCAACUUUCUUCACAGCAGGAAUCUACAUCCUCCUAGGCCGCUUCAUCCAAGUUCUCGGCCGCGAAUCCUCCUUUCUGAAACCAAGCCUAUAUCUCUGGAUCUUCUGCACCUGCGACAUAAUUUCACUCGUCGUCCAAGCUAUCGGCGGCGGCAUGGCCUCCGGAGAAGCCGACAAGAUCGGCGGCGACACCGCAACAGGAACUCACAUCAUGGUUGCUGGCAUCGUCUUCCAGCUCUUCUCGAUUACCAUAUUCGUCGUCUGCGCAGUCGACUUCAUCCGCCGCACUAUGCGCAACCAUCUGCUGCAGUCGGUGACAGGCUCGGUCAUCCCCCUGUUUGCCGCAAUGCUACUUUCGAUCGUGUGCAUUUAUAUACGUUCUAUUUACCGCACCAUAGAACUUUCACAGGGGUGGGAGGGCUACCUCAUUACCCAUGAGGUCUAUUUUAUCGCGCUUGAUGGAGCUAUGAUGGUCGUUUCCGUCGCUAUUUUCAAUUUCUUACAUCCUGGGUGGAUGUUGCCCAAUGGGAAGUCCGAUUCCUACAAAAUGGAGGAAGCGUCGAAGAAUACCCGCACCUAA